AUGUCAUCUGCGCCCUUCCCGCCUACGUUGUCAAAUGACCAACGCCGGGAGCAACUUCGCUCCGCGGUUGAGGUAGAGUGCGGAACCGCUAUCUCGUCGGAGGCUACCGAUGAGGAGGUUGAGGCCAAGGCGCGCGAAGCCCUCACGCGGCUGGAUGAGCUCGUGCGCCUGACCGAGCGCCCCGCCACUGUCCGCCGCCUCGCGGACGCCCUCUACCGCCACUUCGCGGACUUCGCAGCGGGAAUGGGUGACCCGCCCACCGAGCACGCCCCCGACUAUCCGUGGAUCCACCAACAGUUCGUUAGGGCUUGGGAACGCGCGACGGCUCCUUCGUCGGUCCUCGGCUCGAUUACCGCACCUGUCGCCCCUGUCGUGCAAGCUGCACCUCCGCCACCCGCCCCCGCGCCGACCCGCGUCUCCGCGCGUAUCCGCGCGCGAAGCCCCGCUGCCACAGACAAAGCGUCCACCAAGCGUCCGCGUCGUUCUGCGACGCCUGAUUCUGCAGCGCCGCCGGCUAAACAGCCGAGGCGAGGGCGUCGCCGCCAAACCGCCCGCGCGAACACCGUCGCUUCGUCCUCACCCUCGACACCGCGCCCACUGCCGAAAAAUAAAGGCAAACACCAGGAGAAGGGGAAGGCGAAGGCCAGCGAGCCGUCCGGUUCUGAGUCCGAGGGGGAGGGCCAGCCCGUCGCGUCGUCCUCCAAGCGGGUAUCGUCGUCGAAGGCGGUCCCUGUCGAGAAGACGGCUGGCAGCCGCCGCCCUAGCAAGAAGACGGCGGCUGGCGAGGCACGCGGUCCACGGGCGCACCGCUCUGGCCUCCCUCUCUUUUCGCCCCCGGUGUACCCGCGCGGUGCGCGAAUUCCGGCCAAGAAGAUGGAACGCUGCACUGGAUGUCGCGGACACGACCCCGAUGGCACCCCCAUGAAAUGCAUUAUGCGCGAAGGCCUCGACCGCUGUGACCGCUGCUGGUAUCAACGCCAGUCUUGCAACCUGGUGAAAGCGGUCAAGGCGGCGGGCGAUAGGGCGUCGAUCCAACGCGUGGGGUACGUGGACUGGUACCGGGAGAACGACUUCACCUACGCGGCGCCCCCAAUCGCGCGCGAAGUCUUCGAAAUCUGCCACGUUCGCAACGCUCCCUACCUGAUCCCGUCCUGGGUGAUCGACCUCCUCACCGAGGAACUGGGUUUUCCGCCCACCCAUCCGCUCCCGCCGCUCCUCUCCAGCGAAUCGGCCCACACCACACCGGAGCCUAUCGGAUCCUUGGCUGAGGAGGAGGAGGAUGCAGAGGGCGGCGCGCCCGCCGACUCCGAGUCCUCCGACGAUGAUUACGUCGACGAGGAACCGGUUCCGUCCGCGGACAACGAGCCCCUGGACGCGGACAUGGCAGACGCUUCCUUCGAGGAUCCUACCGCAGCCGCCAGCUGCUCGUUCGCCGACGCCACCGCGACCGCGCCUGACCGUAGUGUCUCGCCCGCCUUCCAGGACUCCGGGUUCGCCAUCGGCCUCGCAGGCUCCCCGCCUUUAUCGAAGCAAGCCCCUGCCGCUAACGGCGCUGUGCCUGACCUCCCUUCGACCUCGGUCGCUCCCCUCGGCGAGAUGAGCGGCCGGGACUUAGGUACCCACAAGCGGCUGAAAGCGGUACGCGCGAUCUACCUGUCUCCCCUGUAUCGCGACUUCGCUAAGCACUUCCCGCUUUUGCUUCCGCAGGGUUUCGAGCCCCUCCAAGAGCCUUCGGACGACACCCCCGCCGACGGUCCUUUCGUGCCCUCGCCUUCCGCCGAGGACCCUCGCCCCUACUGGCCUAUCACCGAAGCCAGUUUCCUCGGCUACGUCGACUACGAGGUCGAGUGCUUCCGUCGCGAGUUUACACGUGGGUUCCGCCAGUCCUUGUCCGAUGAACGGGUCAAUCCGCAGUCCAUGCUCCCUGGCCUCUCGAAGGACGAAGCGGUCGCUUUUCGCGCGCUGCUUCAGACGCAGAUCCUCUUCAAAGCGCGGGCCGAAGUGUACGGCGCCAUGACCGCCGGCGCUACUGCCGGUCUCGCCGGCUUCUUGCAGCAGUCGCGCAGCUUUUUGGACCAGGCGAUCGUCCGCUCCGAUGCGGGCCUCGCCGCCCUGACGCGCGAUGCCACCGCCAACGCCGCCUCCUCUGCUGGCCCAUCUACGUUCCGCGAGGCUCCGUCGCCGGUUCCCUUGGUCGAAACCGCCCUGGCCGCGAACACCGAGUCCGUGGCUCGCACCUUCUCCGCCUGA